AUGUCGCAGUGUUCCCGGGGCAGCGGCCCGCCCCGCUCGCUGGCCAUGAGGCCUUUCCUGCUGACCUCGCUGCUGCUGUUGUUGCUGCCGGUCCUUCGGGCCGCUGUCGGGUUUGCCACCUCGGGGUCGCUUGCCGAGUCGGCGCCGCUGGCGGUGCCCACCUUCCACACGGCAGCACGCCUCGCUGACUCGAACGUGGGUUCCCCGGACCCGAGGGCCAACAUCGAGUUCUGCGACUUCUUCAAUGCCUACUCGCUCAACCCCUACGCCAAGGACGGCUUCGAUGACCUGACAUACGGGUCGAGCUUCUACAACCUGGCCACCUCACCGCUGAUCCGAGCCGGGUUGCCGUGCUCCAGGCCGCGAACCUUUGUGCUGGGUUCCCCUCUUGAGCCCCACCGGUGCUUUUCGUACCCCUUUGCCCGGAGGCCGCUCGCUCCCUUUUCUCUGCUCGCAGACAUUUUGACCCCGGAGCAACCCGACAUAGAUGGCAUCCAUGCGACCGGCACAAUCGCCCUCCUUACAUCGGAGGACCUGCUCCUUCAAAGUCGCUUCUUUGGCGAGAACACCUCGGUGGUCGUGGGCUCCACCGCCACCGGCGCAAGUUUCAUCCUCCAGUGCACCUCUCCCGAAGGACGAUUGCUUUUUUCCUACCUCGGCUCUCUCAAUGGCGACACUUUCCCCCUGAUGUCGGGCAUGAAAGGGUUUGAAUUCCUCCAGGCGACGGACCUCGAUGGUGAUGGCCUGGUCGAUGCGGUGACCGUCGCCUCAUCUCCGGAGGCUGUCCUCGCGACCGGACGUGGGGUCUAUUGGAUAAGCCGCCUCGGUGAGGCGGCCCUGACCCCGGCCAGCCCGGCCGAUGUGAGCCUCCUCCUGCCAUUGCCGGUCGACAUGGAGGUGGGCCAGCUCUUGGUGGGGGACUUCGAUGGGGAUGGGCUUGCGUCCGAUUUGGCGGUGGUCUCCGGCCCCCGGUCCACCGGGCCGGCCCGCAUCAUCCUCCUUAUGACCUCGGACCUGUCGGCCCCGGUGACCAUUUCGCUGUCGGAAAUGGCCGCCCAUGACCCAGCCCUGGCGGGGGAGCCCCCAAGCCAGCACUAUCCCAAGGCCGCGGCCGCGCGGCUGACCACCCCGGCGGCCGAUGAUCUGGUGGUGGCCUUCGGCUCGCGAGUGUGGCUCAUCCCCGGUCCCCUGCGCCCCGGGAGCACCUCGACAGCGCGUCAGCUCCGCGCCCUCGGGGCGAUUCCGCUGUUGCCCGAUCACCCCUCCUCUUCGGGGGUCUGGCGUUCGGUGGCCUUCGGGGAUUUCGACGCCGAUGGGCGCCUGGAUAUGGCCCUGGCACACUCGACCACUGGCGGGGACAUUCUUCUGCUCAGCCAGGUGGAUGCCACUCCGACGUGCUUGUGUGGCCCUGGGAGCAUUUGCCUGCCCGGCGCUGAGGGGUUCUACUCAUGCCAUAGCAGCUGUGACACCUGUUCCGGCACUCAGGAUAGCGACUGCCUGAGCUGCGCGGCCGGGUUGACUCUCGUCCUGGACCGGUCGCCGGCCGGCCGGUGUGCCCCGGUCGACCCGGGCACCACGGUGACACUCCUCCGGCCGGCCCCCGAGUGGCCCUACCAUCAAGCCAGUCCCAUCCUGGAUUUGGGAUUUUCCCCGGGCGGGGUCGCACUCGCAUCCAUGGGCGGCUUGCUGCGUGCCAGUCCCAUCAUGGUGGAGUUUCGAAUGUCGACCCAAUUCAUCCACUCGGACAGCCCUGCCACCCACCCGGCGGAUCUGCUUGUAUUCGGGAACCUCUCUCUCAUGCUCAAGAGGGACCCACAUGGGGGCCAAUUUCAAAUCGACAGCUUCAAUACCCCGAGCAGCCAAGUGAUCAAAGUCCCCGGGCCGACCGGGCCCCAAAAUAUGCAGGUAAGUUGGGAAAGCCUACGCCAGUGCUCUCGGAGCCUGCACGGACUAUGCAACAAGCUUCGCUCCUAUUCGGGCAGCCCCUCUGCCAAUGCGUCACUCGGUCGGGUGUCUGCCGGCCGGGUUCCGGGCGAGGCGCCGCAACUGGCCCUCCUGUCCAACAAUCGCAUUGGUAUGCGGCCGCUCAGCCACACACAAACCCACAGCUCCCUUUGGCUGGAGGCCGACAACAGCCUCGGCUUGGACACGGUGCUGGUCCUGCAUUCGGCCGACAUUCCCAGCAAGAGCCUUUGCUGGCUCGGCUGGCAGCCACGCUUGGCCGCCGAUUUGCGGGUCGCGUCUCCAGCCACGGCACCUGAGCGCCUGCUCCCGGAUCCCAUGCCCUGUGGCCAGUUGUUUGGCCUCCCAUCUGCCGGGCCUGGCGGCCGGCCGCCAGCUCUCCUCGUUCCCCAUUCCCCGGGCAUCGGCGACGCGUUGGUGUACCUCCUCCGGAACCGGGGCCGCGGGGGGGACCUUCGCCCGCGCUUUGAGGCGCCCCUUGCCUUGUUGACGCCUUCUCAUCUCGGCCACCGGGCCGAUUAUCAGCCACUCGGCAUGCAGGCCGUCCUGGAUCCGAACGGCCUGACUCCCACCACGGCCAUCCUCUUCCUGUGGGAUGGUCAGUGGGUUUUCCGAGUGACCAUCCAUCAAAGGGUGCCGCCUGGGGCCGGCAACUCGGACCAUGUGACGGUGUCCGUCGAGCCGCUGGUUCCGCAUUCCAAUUUCGCCACCUUCACCACGGGCCUGAUUAUGCUGCCGCUGGAUGCCGAUGGGGAUGGUGUCAGCGAGCUGGCCAUGUUCGCCUGGAUGUCCAACACUCUGGUCAUCUUCCAACAGGCCUCCCCGAAGAAUGGCUGCGGAUGUGGCCAGGCUAGCGUUUGUAACAUCCCCAGCACGUGGAACGAGUCUCGCUGUGACCAUCCUCAAGCCGGCCCCGAGUGCAUGCCCAUCCCCACCACCCUGCAGGCCCGGGACCUAUGCACAUGCGGGCCGGGGCUUCGCUCCCCGGCCGAUGGGUCUGGCCGGUGCAACCAGUGUGGCUCUUCGACCGGGGACUUCCCCGCCGGGUUCGGUGUCGACUGUGCCCCGUGCGAUGUCGAUGGCUGCAUGCUGUGCGAUGCAUCCGGCCAGUGCCUGCGUUGUCGGCCGGGGCUGAUUCGCACGCCCACCGGCGAGUGCGCCACCGGCUGCCCGGACCCGGCUGCCCCGGUGGUGGAUGCCGUGUGCCAGACCCGGGAUCCGGGCGAUACAUGGAUCAGUUCGGCCGAGGUCCAGGCCCACCCUUCGUGGGCCGGGUUCCGGGUGGUGGAUGUAUCAACCCUGCGCGCGGUGGAUCAGGCCGGCGCGGUGGAGGGGUCGCGUGCCGUGUCGACCACCUUCCCCACGCUGCAUGUCCUGCAGCCGGAGUACCCGCAUUUUGGUGCUUCGCAGAGUGUGUGGCUGCUUCCCCUGGCGCGUCUGCUUGCCGACGGUCGGCCGGCCCCAUUCGGCCGUCUGGAUCUCGUCAGCGCCUCCCAGUGGCUGGACGAGACUUGUGUCCUGUUUGAACGGGAGGCCACCGCGCAGUCCGAUCCCCCGGGGAUGGAUCUCCGCCCGGAGGCCGGAUCUCCCUCGGCCAGCCUGACUAGCCAGCUGCCGGGACUCUCCCUCGGUGGCCCGGGUGCCGUGGGCGGGGAUUUUGCCACUGCCGGGGUCCCCUCCCCGGGUCCCUUGAUCAAUCACACCGGCCUGAGCCUGGUUCCGCGCUCGGUCCUGCUUUCCCAAUAUUAUCCAAUCCGCCGGCCCUGGUUCUCGCAGCUGAGCCAGGCCUUCCCCUCGGUCGGGCUGGAGCCGGUGCCGACGCUGACGCCCGACUCGCCGGUGCUUCACUUCCAACGGGCGAUGGGCUUCUUUUACGACGUGAUCCAGAUGCAUCCCAACCCUCUGCGGGAAUCUGACCCGCCGCCGGUGGCCCCGUCGGACUUCCGCACUUGCUCCAUGAGCUGGGCAUUGCUGCCGGCCAAAACCCGACUCACGGUCAAAGGCUCGCCGGAGAUGUUCAACAUGAUCGGCGCGCCCGAGUGCAUCUCCUAUCGUGUGUGGGUUCCCUUCCUUGCUUCCGAGCUGUCCUUCCACCCGAGCAUGGGAAGCUGGUUUCUGCCAGGCCGUGCAUUGUUGAUGCUUCGCCGGCCUGCCAUGUUGGGUGCUCGUCCGAGGGUGGUCAUUCUGAUGGCUGUGCAGGAUGUCCCUCCAACGGCGCCUGGUUGCGAUUGGCACAUGCUGGAGCUGCCGUUGACCCCCGGGGCGAUUGGGCUGCCGGUGUUCCGAUCUUCCACCAGACUCGAGAGCUCCUCUUCCAUUCUCUUCUUCGCGCGGGUCCCGUCCGUGCAGGACUUCCUGCCGAGUGCCGUGGCCUCUGGUCGUGGGAUUGUGGCCGUCAAUGAUGUCGCGAGUUAUUCACACCAGCUGGCGGUGGCUUUGGCCGGGAAUGAGCCGGAUGAUGUGGAUUUGCAACUGGCCUCGCUGCGCCUUCACGAUCAGACUUACUACUUGGUCUUUAUCCGGACCGACGGCCUGCCAGACGGUAUCAUGGCCCUACCUGUGGACUGUUUGCUGGAGAAGCACACCGGGUGGAAGGAAGCCAUUCCGGCAUUUGGCUCUCCUGGGCGGACAUGGCCCACCGAUCGGUCGACCUAUGGCUGUGAUGCUCUCCUGUUGGAGACCCGGGCCCUGGCCGGCGGCGGUCCCGAUGGCCGGCCGGUGGCCCUGGUCAAGGACAUGGACAGCAACGGGAUGGACGAUUUGCUGCUCCAUUGGCCGGCCACCGGCCGAGUGGUGAUGUACUCCACACUGAGCACGGUCCCAGUGACCUUCCGUCAGACGGUCAUCUUCCCGGGGCAGGUGCCGGAAUCUCGGUCGGCGGCUGCCAUGCAGUCGGUCGAGUACCCGGCGCUGGCGGAUCCGGAGCUGCUGCUGGUGGAUGUCGAUGGGGAUCGAUAUGUGGAUGUGGUCCUGCUGGACCAGGUCACGCCUUCUGGUGCGCCUUCCGCCUCCAGCGCCCCGGUCCCGGUGAUCCGGGUGUUCGGCCGGUCGGACCAGACCAGCAACUGGUGCCCGGCCGAGGUGGACUUUGACCCGGUGGCCGGCGAGUGUGUCUGCCCCGGGCGUUUGCGGCACCUGACCCCCCUGUCGGAUGCGUGCGAGUGCAUCACACACGCGGUGCCGGUGGCCCCGGGUGCGCAGGACUGCGUCUGCCCGGUGGGCAUGGCCGAGGGCGUGGGGGCAUGUGUCUGCCAGCCGGGGCUGCUGCCGGUGGCGAGCGAGUCCACCGGGGUGCCGGUGUCUCCGCCCCGCUGCGAGACCUGCCAUGCCAGCUGUGCCAGCUGCUCGGCCACGCGCUCCGGCCUGUGCGCCAGCUGCCCCUCCGGGCACUUGCUCCAGGCGGGCGUGUGUGUGACGGCCUGCGGGCCGGGGCUUGGCAUUUCGGCGGACGGCCGGCAGUGUGUUGCCUGCGCGGCCUCCUGCUCGGCCUGCCUGGGCCCGGCGUCCAGCCAGUGCUCGGCGUGUGCCGGCAACCGGUACCUGCCCGGCGGCGUGCCAGGCACGUGCCGGUCCUGCGAUGCGGCCUGCUCCGGGUGCACCGGCCCGACGGCCUCCCAGUGCACGGCCUGCGCGACGGGCUGGCUGCGCGCGCCCUCGGGCGAGUGUGUGCGCACCUGCCCCGAGGGGACCGGUGUUUCGGUUCCCGGGUCCAGCCAGUGCAAGGCCUGUGCCGAUGCCGGCUGCCUCUCCUGUGUCACGGCCCAGUCCGGGGCCAUUUGUCGGGCCUGCCGGCUCGGGCUGCAAAUUGACCCCACCGGCAAGCAGUGUCUCCAGUGCCAUGGGACCUGUGCCACCUGCGAUGGCAAUGGCAUGGAUGACUGCCUGACCUGUGCUCCGGGCCUCUGGAUGCAUGGGUCUUCCUGUGUGGCCUCCUGCCCGGAGGGCACAUUCCCGGAGGAGGGAGCCUGCUCGCACUGCUCGGGUCGCUGUGCCACUUGUAGCGGUCCCCUGUCGACCCACUGCCUGACCUGCCCCACGGACUGGGUUCUUCAGGCGGACGGCACCUGCCUGCCGGAUCCCUGUCCCACAUGCGGCGACUGCGCUGACAUCGACUGCCAGUCAUGCAGCCCCACCAACCCGGGCGUGUGCCUCAUUUGCGGGGCCGGCCAGCUACUGCUGCCGGAUGGCACCUGCGUGGCUGCCUGUCCCUCGGGCAUGUACAUGGCUCCAAGUGGAGAUGCCUGCCUCCCGUGCCAUGGCACCUGCGCGGAGUGCUCCUCGCACCGGUCGAACUCGUGCACCGCCUGCCCGGGGGCCCAUGUUCUGGACCGUGGGUACUGCCGCGAGGCAUGCCCCUCGCUGGGGUUCUUCCAGGACGCCGGAACCUGUGAGGCUUGUCACUCGUCGUGUCUUUCCUGCACCGGGCCCGGAGCCGGGCAGUGCGAUCUGUGCCCACGGUCACACGUGUCGCACGGUUCUCACUGCCUGGGUGGGUGUCCGCCCGGGAGCACGCCACUGGGCGGCGGGUGCGCCGAUUGCCAUGGCUCCUGCCUGGACUGUGCCGGGCCCGAGGCCAGCCAGUGUACCGCUUGUGGCCCUGCCGCUUCGAGCCUCUGGAGUGGCUCCUGCCUGGAGACAUGCCCGGGUGGAACCUUCCCCGGAUCGGAUCCCAGCACCUCGGACACUUGUCUGCUCUGCUCCUCGAACUGCCUGGAGUGCGCUGGGCCGGCGGGCGUUCAGUGUACCCGUUGCAGUGGGAACUUGCUGACACACCCCCUGUAUGGGUGUGUGUCGGAUUGCGGAGCGGGCUUCAUGGCGAGGCAGGGCACCUGCAUUGCCUGCGACACUGGCUGCCGUCAGUGCCGGGACUGGCCUGGCUUCUGCACCCAGUGCCCUGCGGGCAGGCUCCUCGGGUCAACGCCGGGCACAUGUGUGGACCGGUGCGGUGGCCAGGAGUUCGCCGACCUGACCACCCCCUCGCUGGCUCGCUGCGCGGCCUGCCACCAAAGCUGCGCCUCCUGUGAGGGUGGCGCCAGGCCCGAGGACUGCACGGCCUGCCCGCCGGGCCUCUUCCUGCUGGCUGGUGUCGGCUGCGUGGGGGCCUGCCCGAGCGGGUACUUCGUUGAGGAGGGCCCGCUGGCGGGCUCCCAGGCAUGCGCGCCCUGCGUGGCGGAGUGCGCCGAAUGCACCGGGGCCGAUGCCGGCCACUGCACGCGCUGCAUGGCUGAUCGUCUGCUGAUGGUGGGCUCCGGCUACUGCCGGCCCGUUGGCGAGGACACCUGCCCGGUUGGGUGGCACACGGAUCUGCCCGGCCGGCGGUGUCUCCGUUGCCCGGAUGGGUGCCUCUCGUGCCCGGCCUCGUCGAAGGAUUGCGAGCAGUGCGGCGCUGGCAUGCGUUCGAUCCGGCUGCUGGACCGCGAGGCGACGGAUGCGGCGCCGAUUGGCUCUGGGCCGCGCACCUGCGUGGCCAUGUGCCCUGGCGGGUGGUUCGCGCCCGAGGACCGGGCCGACGUAUGCUCGGCCUGCGACAUGGCGUGUGGUAGCUGCUCCGGCCCCGGGCCGGAUGGCUGCCUGGAGCCGAAUUGCGACCAGCCAGGCAGCUGUCCCAAGAAAGGCUCGCGCUUGCUUGUGCUGGCGAUCGCCCUACCACUGGCGCUGCUCCUCCUGCUGCUGCUUAUUUUGAUCCUGGUUCUUGUUCUUCUGCGGCGCCGGCGACGCCAGGCUGCCGCCAAGGAUGGCGACGCCAUCCCAAUGCAAUACAUUGGCAACCCGGAGGACAUGACCGUGAUGAACACCAUGAUUGAAUUGUCGCUGCCGGGGCAUUUGCUUCUCAACCCCGAGGUGGAUUAUCGCAUUGAGCCCGGCUGCGAGGAGCUCGGCAAGGGUGCCCAAGCGGUGGUCCUGCCGUGCACAUUGCUGCGCUCGGACCUCUGUACGGCAGCCGGCGGUGAUGCCGGCGCCGUGAAGAUGAUCUCGACCGACUCGCCCUUCCGCACGCAAUUCGAGCCGCUGCUCGACCAAGAAAUUGCCAUCCUCAGCAUCCUGCUGGCCGACGGGGGGUCGCCAUUUGUGUGCCAGCUGGUUGGCUACUCGGCUGCCCCGAGCAAGGCCCUGGUGAUGCCCCACUACCCGGGGCUCCUGUCGGACCUGCUUUGGCCCUCUCGCCUGGGCCCGGUGCAAACCCUGCAGAUGGCCGCCGACAUUGCGGCCGGCCUGGCGUUCAUCCACUCGCGCGGCGUGGUGCACAAGGACCUGAAGCCGGAGAACAUCUUCCUCCGGCCGGAUCCGGCGGCCCCCGGUCGCCUGCAGCCUGUCAUCGGGGACUUCGGCGUGGCGCUGGUUCUCAACCGGUUCUCUGUCAUCCCGACGCUGGGCGAUGUGGCGGCCGGCAGUUUGCCAUACGCCUCGCCGGAGACGCUGGCCCGGCUGUUCGGCAUGGCCUUCCCGCUGGCGCCAUCCGACAGCAGCGUAGUUUCUCUGCUGAAGGUGGACAUCUACUCGCUCGGUGUGCUGCUCUUUGGGCUGGUGGCCGUGGCGCGCCCUUGGGCCGACACUGAUUCGGGUGAGGUCGCCACUGCGGUGCUGGCCGGCAAGCGCCCGGACAUGAGCCCCUCCUCUGGAACCCCGGCCCCAGUGCUGGUGGGUGACACGGGCAGCGAGCCGGCCUGGAUGGCGGACUAUUGUCAGAUCUACCGCGAGGCGUGGGCGGCCGAUCCUCGUGAACGCCCAUCGGCGGCCAACCUGGCGGCCACGCUCAGCGAUCUCAUAGAGAAGGAAACCUCUCCCCCUUGAACCAGUCAUGGGUGGCCUCGAGAAUCACUCCGACGGUGAUGUGUAAAUGGCCCAUAAUAGAAUCUUUCUGUUCCUAGCGGCAGUCACGCUUCUCCCGCUCGAGUUCGAUACAGAGCAGCUUCUAUGUGUUCAGC